GCGGUGAUUCCGUCUGUCACGAUCCGAGUCGCUCCCACCGGACGAGCCUGGUCUGGUCGUCCAGCCGAUCCCGGGCUGCUCAUCUGUGGAGGUGAAGCGAGGCUUCGCCCUCCUGCUGGACUGAGAGAAGAGGAGCGACACGGAGAGGAGGAGGAGGAGGAGAGCGCGACCGUCUUUCUUUCUGUCUUCGCUGCGGUGAAAGUCCUUCACGAUGCCGGUCUUUCAUACCAAGACCAUCGAGAGUAUCCUGGAGCCGGUGGCCCAGCAGAUCUCCCACCUGGUCAUCAUGCACGAGGAAGGGGAGGUUGACGGCAAGGCGAUUCCGGAUCUGACGGUGCCGGUCGCUGCGGUGCAGGCAGCGGUCAGCAACCUGGUCCGGGUGGGGAAAGAGACGGUUCAGACCACUGAAGACCAGCUGAUGAAGAGAGACAUGCCUCCUGCCUUUAUCAAGGUGGAGAACUCAUCCUCGAAACUGGUCCAGGCAGCUCAGAUGCUGAAGGCCGAUCCAUAUUCAGUUCCUGCUCGGGAUUACCUGAUAGAUGGAUCCAGAGGGAUUCUCUCAGGGACCUCAGACCUGCUGCUCACCUUCGACGAGGCCGAGGUUCGCAAGAUAAUUCGAGUGUGUAAAGGUAUUCUGGAGUAUCUGACUGUAGCGGAGGUGGUGGAAAGCAUGGAGGACCUCAUCACCUAUACCAAGAACCUCGGUCCAGGCAUGACCAAGAUGUCAAAGAUGAUUGAGGAGAGGCAGCAGGAGCUGACGCACCAGGAGCACAGGCAGAUGCUGAUCAGCUCCAUGAACACCAUCAAAGAGCUCCUUCCUGUUCUUAUAUCAGCCAUUAAGAUCUUUGUGGCAACCAAAAGCAGCCGAGGUGUUGGUGUGGAAGAGGCUGAGAGGAACAGAAAGUUUACUUUUGAGAAGAUGAGUGCCGAAAUCCACGAGAUCAUACGAGUGUUGCAGCUCACCACUUGGGACGAAGAUGCCUGGGCUAACAAGGACAUGGAGGCUCUGAAGAGAUCUCUUGCUUUGAUUGAGUCCAAGAUGGGGCUGGCGAAAACUUGGCUCAAGGACCCGCAUGGACAACCAGGAGACCAGGGCGAGGGGGCUUUGCGUGUGAUCCUGGACGAGGCGGGAAAGGUGGGCGAGUUGUGCGCUGGGAGAGAGCGGAAGGACAUUCUGGCCACCACCAAAGCUCUAGGGCAGAUAACCGAUCAAAUCGUGGACCUGAGAAUGAGAGGUCAGGGCCCGAGCCCAGGAUGUGUGCAGCGGGCCAGCCAAUGCUCUCAGGGUCUGGAUUUGUUAUUUGGAAAAGUGGACGGUGCUGCUCGCAGACUGGAGGCGCUCAUCAGCGCCAAGCAGGCUAUAGCUAGGAGGCUGGACGCAGCACAGGCGUGGUUGGCUGAUCCGAACGGGGGUCCUGAGGGUGAGGAGAACAUCAGAGCCCUGCUUGCUGAAGCCAAACGCAUCGCUGACCUGUGUGAAGACCCCAAAGAGAGAGACGACAUCCUUCGCUCCAUCAGCGAGAUCGCCGGCCUCACCGCCAGACUUGUCGAUCUGCGCAGACAGCUCAAACUGCCACCUCACGUCAGCAGCACGUGGCACAUGCUACCUGUCUGGAAGCUGUGCUGCUGCCUGUCCACCUUAAGCGUCAGUGCAGCAAUGAGAGGCAAAGGUGACACCCCAGAGGCCCGAGCCUUGGCCAAGCAGAUCGGGGCAGCGCUGCUCAACCUGCAGUCCAAAACCAACAAAGCUGUGGCCAACAUGAGACCUGCAAAACCGGCGGUCACUCUGGAAGGAAAGAUGGAGCAGGCCCUGCGCUGGGUCAACAACCCGGGAGUGGACGACAGAGGGGUCGAGUGUGAGAUUCUGCAGUGGAACACAGGCCAGGCAGCCAUCAGGGGAAUGGUCGGAGAAGGGCGCAGGCUGGCAGGCGGCUUGAUGGGUCCCUAUCGCCAGGACAUGGUGGGACGCUGCGACAGGACGGAGGGUCUCAUGGCCUCUCUGGCCGACAUGGCUAGCCGGGGCGAGGCGGAGGCUCCUCAUGCUCGGGCGACUGCUGCACAGCUGCAAGACAGCCUGAAGGAUCUGAGGCAGCACAUGCAGGAUGUGAUGACCCAGGAAGUAUCAGAUGUUUUCAGCGACACCACCACCCCGGUUAAACUGCUGGCUGUCGCAGCUACUGCUCCUGCUGAUGCCCCCAACCGACAGGAGGUCUUUGAAGAGCGCGCUGGGAACUUCGAGGCCCACGCUGGUCGUUUGGGAGCGACCGCAGAGAAGGCUGCUGCUGUGGGAUCAGCCAAUAAGAGCACAGUCGAAGGGAUCCACGCUGCUGUCAAACACUCCCGAGAGCUGACUCCACAGGUGACCUCAGCUGCCCGAAUUCUGCUGAAGAAUCCAGGAAACCGGGCUGCCUAUGAACAUUUUGAUACCAUGAAGAACCAGUGGAUCGACAAUGUGGAGAGGCUCACUGGUCUGGUGGAUGAAGCCAUCGACACCAAGUCUCUGCUAGAUGCCUCAGAAGAAGCUAUUAAGAAAGACAUAGACAAGUGCAGAGUUGCCAUGGCAAACGUUCAGCCCCAGAUGCUGGUUGCCGGGGCAACCAGCAUCGCUAGAAGAGCAAACCGGGUCCUUUUAGUGGCAAAGAGGGAGGUGGAGAAUUCUGAAGAUCCGAAGUUCAGAGACACUGUGAAACAUGCCUCUGACAUCUUGUCACACACAAUCUCCCCCAUGGUGAUGGAUGCCAAAGCAGUAGCCGGGAAUAUUCAGGAUAAAGCUCUGCAGAAAGCCUACUUGGAUUCCUGCCUGAGGAUUUUAGCUGCGGUGGGAAAGGUUCGCGAAGCCUUCCAACCCCAGGAGCCCGACUUCCCACCUCCACCUCCAGAUCUGGACCAGCUCCAUGUCAGUGAUGAACAAGCCCCACCGAAGCCCCCUCUGCCAGAGGGAGAGGUUCCUCCUCCCCGACCUCCACCUCCAGAGGAAAAGGAUGAAGAAUUCCCAGAGCAGAAGGCCGGCGAAGUGGUCAGCGAGCCCAUGAUGGUGGCAGCGCGACAGCUGCACGAUGAAGCUCGAAAGUGGUCCAGCAAACCUGAGGAUGAGGAGGCAGUAGAGGAGAGGGAGGUAGAUGAUGACGAUGAGUUUACUGAUGGUGAGGAUGACUAUGAGCCAGAGCUGCUGAUGAUGCCGUCCAACCAGCCUGUCAAUCAACCCAUUCUGGCAGCAGCCCAGUCUCUCCACCAGGAGGCGCGCAAGUGGUCCAGCAAGGGUAACGACAUCAUCGCUGCAGCCAAGCGCAUGGCGCUGCUGAUGGCAGAGAUGUCUCGGCUGGUGCGCGGAGGCAGUGGAAACAAGCGCGCCCUCAUCCAGUGCGCCAAGGACAUCGCCAAGGCCUCCGAUGAGGUGACCAGACUGGCCAAAGAGGUGGCCAAGCAGUGCACCGACCGGCGGAUCAGGACCAACCUGCUGCAGGUGUGUGAACGCAUCCCCACCAUCAGCACUCAGCUUAAAAUCCUCUCCACCGUCAAAGCCACCAUGUUGGGAAGAACAAAUAUCAGCGAGGAGGAGUCCGAACAGGCCACUGAGAUGUUGGUCCAUAACGCCCAAAACCUCAUGCAGUCGGUGAAGGAAACUGUCCGAGAAGCAGAAGCCGCUUCCAUCAAGAUCCGCACGGACGCUGGAUUCACCCUCCGCUGGGUGCGCAAGACCCCCUGGUACCAGUGAACGAAUCCACAUUUGGUACCAAUCAGGUUCAGCUCUUCCGUCUGAGCCUGGAGACACUUUUUAGUAAUGAUUAAUAAUAUAUUUUAGUAAGUUGUGUUUCAAGACUUUAUUAAAAUCUAGGUAUAUAUUUUUUGCAUGAAUAUUUUUUUUUCUAUUUUCUAGAGAGAAAAUAACACACUGAAUUUCUUCUUCUGUGUUGGAUCAUUUUGCUAGUGAUUUUCUUAUUUUUAUUAUGUAUAUAAUAAGACUUUGUUUUAUGAACAGCGGCCGGCUUUAUUUGGUGCUCUGUGUUUACUGUGACACUCUUCUUAAGUGGAGACCCAAGACGACGUUGCUGCUCCUCAGCGAUGUUUAUACUUGAACAACCAACAGGUCUUCUCUUGUAUUGCAACUUUUUGGCAAUAAGUCAGUUCACAACAGAGAUUGUUGAAAGUGGUUCAUGGCUGCACAGCUAGGAAUGUUUCCGUGUGACCCACACCUGUAGCUAUUUAAUUCAUGCCUGACUUUUUUUCCUCAACAAAGCCAAAGGAUGGAAUUCUUAAAAACCCAGGUUAAUACAAGUAGAGUGAUGUCUUUUUCUAUGUUUGAGUGCUUUGUUUCUGCACUAUUUUAGCAACAGUUGAACUGUUUAAGGUUUCAUCCAACAUCCUGCGUUCUUCAUGUGAGGUUCCCACUUAUGAAUUUGAGAUUAACGGCACAACCCUGGAGGUUAAUGUACAAAACUAUGUGUCAACCGAAGUCUUACACAUCACAAGAGAAUAUAAAGGUUUCUAUUUUGUUAUUUUAGCUGAGCAAAUGUGAACGUGUGAGUGUGUUUCAUCUUCCUCUGGCAGUAUUCAUGAGUGUUACUAUGAUGGCGCAGCACAGAUUGUUCAUUUUAUUUUUGGAUGAAGCAUGUAGCCGUCACCUCGCCCGCUGCUGAGAGUGGUGGGGUUGAGUUUACUCAAUGUGUCUCACGCUGAAUGUAUUCUGAUAGCUUUGAGUCCUGCCAACACAUCUGCUGUGCCUUGGAAGAAUAAAAGCCUUUAAUGGUGACCCAGGUUUCCUGAUUCUAGCUGAGGGCCACACUUCUAGAAUCGUAUAACAGAAAGUCAUGGCCAUAUUUAUUUAUGACCAACUUUUAAAAAUCUAUUUUAUUUUGGUAUUAUAUUCACGGAUUUCACUCUACUUAGUGUCUUUCACUUUUCCUCGUACUGCAUUAACAACAUACGUCCAACAUUUUGAAUUGUAAUGAAUAAACAAGACACAAACAGGCUCUUACAAAGCUUUUAUAAGACAUUAUGGCACUAAACAGUUGUAGAGGCAGUUAAGAGUCCUGCAAAAAAGUGAUUGUACUAAUGUUGCUAAACGUUUUGUGAUUGUGAACAUUCGACAUCAUGAAAGUCUGGU